AUGUCCAACACCUCUUUGAUGUCGCUCGACCGUGUCCGAGCACUUCGGACACGCACCGAGCUCCUCGGCAGUGUCGAAGCUGUCGAGGAAAGCUUCACAUCGGCGACGAAUGGCAUGAAUUUCUUGCAGCAGAUCGCCGGGUCUUUGAAGACGAUCGUGAACCAACACGUUUCGGCGGCCCAAGCCCUGAAGAAAGCUCGGCAGCAAGAAUCCGAGACACAUCGGAAAGAACUGGAUAGACAAGCGAAGGAAAAAAAACGGGAACUAGAAAAAGAGGCUAAACUGCAGAAAAAGCUUGCCGAUGGCAAGAACGAGCCGUCCCCAGCGGGCGGUUGCGGAGCAGGAUCGGAUGCCAAGCGCCGCCGUUUGUUUCCGUCCGCCUUCACUGAGCACGACCCAGUGGUGUUGACAGCGCAGGGCUGGUCGGAACGACAGGUGACUGUCGUGGAGAACUACGCACCUCGCCUUCAGGCAGCUGCUGUGAGCAGGGUCUUGGAAGGUGAGAAUGUCAUCAUUCGCUGCCGGAGGGCAAACGUCAAGAAAGCUAUGGAGGCGCUUGGUUGCAAGCGUUUCAGCGUCGCCAGUGUUCUGGACUUGAUGAAGCUGCCUCCUGUUGACAUGAAAGACAAAUUGGAUGCAUUCACGAAGCUGACGCCAGAAGUUGCGGCCAAGCACGAUCUGAAUGUGUUGGCCGGAGCCCUCCUGCCAGGCAUUUGGAUAUGGUGUUGCGAGCCUUUGCCUUUGCAAGGGCCGGAGCAAUCGGGCAUGAUCGAUUUCCUCAUUGCACAUGCUCAAGAAGCAUUUGCGGAGAAAGCCGCUUUUGUGCCUCCUCCUCAAGACGGUGAUGAUGGUUCAGCGAAUGAGCUGGAGGAGCCAGAUAAUCCGAGUGACUUUUAUCCAAAGUGUGCAAGCAGUGUAGGCCAAGAUCAAGAUGACGAAGACGACGGAGGUGGCCGAGAUGAUGAUCGACUUACGUCUAUUCUUGAUGAGAUUGAAGAGGAUGUGGAAGAGGAGGCUGCAAAGAAGCUUCAGGCUCAGGCUUCUAAGGCCCACACGGGCCCAAAUAUAUCUUUGCUGUUGCAAGGUUGA